AAAUAAUUAAUGGUCUGGGGAUUUUUUUGACGUUGUUAAAUUUGUAGUUUAAUCUGAAAAUCAAAACAUUGGAAGCUAAUCACCGCCCCUGAUGGUUGUUAAUGUAUGAGAAAACAAGCGCCUCUGUUUUUUUCUAUCGCGAUGUCAGGGCUCAGCUGACGGCUGUCUGCAGCACAGAUAAACCAGGCCAGGCUCAAAGACUGUGGACAGUAGAACAGCUGUACCCGGGAGCUGAGUGACCACAUUCGGUGUAAACGCAUUUGUACACAGGAGACUAGACCCUGGAUAAUUCUUCUGCUCUUUAUCAGGCAAUGGAAACGCUGUGUCGCAGCUAAUUAACGUUAGCAAGGUCCCGACGGACUGACGUUUGGGCGAGAGGCAGAAACGACAACAACAAAAACAACAACAGGAAAGCAGUUAGCUGCGUUCGUUUCAAUGUUAUUAUUAAAAUUUACACACAUUUGGUCACAAUGUCCUACUCUGGAAACCUAGUCUGGGAUGUGAACAAACGCUUAAUUGGAUACGGAGAACCGAACAUCAUAAGGAGCAACUAUUUAGGUAGAAGAGAGUUUGUCCAGAGGCUUAAACUUGAAGCUACACUCAAUGUACACGAUGGCUGUGUCAACACAAUCUCCUGGAACGACACAGGAGAAUACAUCCUGUCGGGGUCAGACGACACCUUCCUGGUUAUCAGCAGCCCGUACAACAAGAAGGUCAAAAAAUCCAUACGUUCAGGCCAUCGAGCGAACAUCUUCAGCGCCAAGUUCAUGCCUCACACCAACGACCGGGAGAUUAUCUCCUGCUCCGGCGACGGCAUCAUCUUCUACACGCACACAGAGAAGAGUCCUGAGUUCAACAGGCAGUGUCAGUUCACCUGUCACUAUGGAACAGCUUAUGAGAUUAUGACGGUACCAAAUGAUCCGUACACAUUUCUGUCGUGCGGCGAGGACGGCACGGUUCGGUGGUUUGAUCUUCGCACAAAGACCAGCUGCACAAAAGAGGAGUGUAAAGAUGACAUCCUGAUUAACUGUCGACGAGCGGCCACGUCCAUAUCCAUUUCUCCACUGGUACCAUAUUAUUUGGCAGUGGGCUGCUCAGACAGCUCAGUGAGAAUCUACGACAGACGUAUGCUGGGAACCAGAGCCACAGGUAACUACAUGGGCCGGGGGACGGCAGGAAUGUGUGUCCGUUUUGUUCCCAACCAUCUGUCCAACAAGUCGUGCAGGGUGACGUCUCUGUGCUACAGUGAGGACGGUCAGGAGGUUCUGGUCAGCUACUCCUCCGACUACAUCUACCUGUUUGAUCCCAAAGAUGACCAGGCCAGAGAGCUGAAGGGCCCGUCAGAGGAGAGGAGGGAGGAGCUGAGGCAGCCCCCAGUGAAGCGUCUGAGGCUACGAGGCGACUGGUCCGAUACCGGCCCCCGAGCUCGUCCAGAAAGUGAGAGAGAGAGGGAUGGGGAGCAGAGUCCAAAUGUGUCCUUGAUGCAGAGGAUGUCGGACAUGUUGUCCCGUUGGUUUGAGGAGGCCAGCGAGGCCCAGAGCAGCAGGGGAACCCGACCUCAGGCGCGACCACGAGGAACAGCCAUCCGUCCAGAGGUCACAUCAAAUCCACCAGCUCCUCCUGCAGAAGUCUCCAGUCAGGAGUCUAGAGUCCCCAAGACUCCCGCGGAGGCUGACGGCACAGAUGAAACUGCUGCUGCGGCUGCUACGUCCUCCUCCUCCACAGCGCCAUCUGAUGCUGCUGCUGCUGCUGAUGAUGCUGCAGGAGCAGCACCCAUAUCAAAGUCCAUUUCCUCCUCCUCAGGGUCAUCAUCCACUGUCACAGCACCUCCUUCCUCCACAUCAGUAGAGAGCUCAGGUGCGUCCUCCUCCUCCCCUCCUCCUACAUCCUCCCCAGACUUGGAGCAGAGGAGUCAGUCUAACACGACCAGGACUCCAACACCGUCGACCACAUCCACCUCGGAACCUGCACUCUCAGAGCACGGUCCUCAGCGCAUUCCUAUAAGCUUAGUGUGUAGGCGUUUGCAGAGGUUACUCCGGCUGGCUGACCCUCCAGGACAGGGUCAGCGUGUGGCCCGGUCUUCUUCUCCUUCCUCCUCCUCUUCUGCAGCCAUUGAGAGGCAUUCGCAAAGAGCAGCCGCUGCUGUGGAGACGCAACCACCUACAGAUUCACCAUCGUCUGUGGUGAACAAACAGCUGGGAUCCAUGACUCUGGAUGAACUGCAGGAAGCAGCUGCAGGUAUGUGUCCAGAAGAAUCAGCACCUCCUUGCAGUUCUUCAUCUCCCUCUUCCUCCACCACCGUGACCAGCACCAGCCGACCCAGCGCAGCAGAGCCGGUCCUUAGUCUCCACUACAGCUCAGAGGGAACCACCACCAGUACCAUAAAGCUGGACUUCACUGAUGAGUGGAGCAGUACAUCAGGCUCCAUGAGCAGCGGAGCUCACAAACCAUCUGAGACUGUGACCACACAGAGACUGCAGACAGAGAGCUCAGAGACAGAGCAGGGUCCGUCUGACUCCUGCAAGCAGCAGAUUUCACCUGCUGCCUCCACAGAGCCUCAGAGCGACGCCUCCUGCUCCGCCUCAGCCUCAGCCUCAGCCUCCAGCUCCACGGGGCCUCAGACCCCGUCAGAAAAGAGCUCCUCGCAAGGUGACGGUGUGUCCGCAACACAGGAGAGGAGUCAGACGGAGGGCGUGGGGGACAUAUCAGAAGGCUGCAGGAGAGCUGAACCUGCCGCUCCCUCAGGCAUGGAAGCACAGAGUCAGCCUGCACGAGUGAACCAGGACGACAGCGACAGCGACGACGAUCCCAUCCUCAUCCCAUCAGCCAGGUUCAGAGGACAAGCACCGAGAUUUAACAGCAGAGGAUCUGCAGUAGGAGAUAGAAUGAUCAGACGCUCGGCAGCAGCUCGCAUCCAGGAGUUGUUCCGCAGGAGGAAGGAAAGACGAGAGAUGGAAGAGAGCGAGACCCAGAACAUCAGGAGGCCCAAGGUCAAGAUGGUCUACAAGGGCCACCGUAACUCCAGAACAAUGAUAAAAGAGUCCUGCUUCUGGGGCAACAACUUUGUGAUGAGCGGCUCAGACUGCGGCCACAUCUUCAUCUGGGACAGACACACAGGUGAACACCUCAUGCUGCUGGAAGCAGACAACCACGUGGUCAACUGCCUGCAGCCGCAUCCCUACGACCCCAUCUUGGCUUCUUCAGGGAUUGACUACGACAUCAAGAUCUGGUCUCCACUGGAAGAGUCGGCAUCUUUUAACCGAGUCCUGGCAGAUGAGGUGAUAACUCGCAAUGAGCUGAUGUUAGAAGAAACGAGAAACACGAUCACAGUCCCAGCUUCUUUCAUGCUUCGAAUGUUGGCCUCCCUCAAUCACAUCAGAUCAGAUCGUCUGGAGGGCGAUCGUUCUGAAGGAUCAGGACAGGACAAUGAUGACGAACAAUAAACAUCUGAAAUUUAUUUUCAAAGAGACAAAUCCUGAAUUUCUUUUUGCUCUAAGAAAGCACUUCAACAAGAAAAGCCUACGUUUUGUACAAGUACAGUGUAGAUGAUAAUGAUGAUGAUGAGGACGAUGUGACGUGAUGAUGAUGAUGAUGAUUUCCUUUUGGAAAUGAGAAAAAUUUAUAGCUCCACUGUGUUGGUUUUAUAUUAUGAUGACUUUCUUACUGAUGUUUCUGUACGAGGAUGAAACUCCACCAGUGUGAAUGCAGAGCAAGAGGACGUCAGUAUAUACAGUAAAUUUAUAUAUAUACUAAAAGUGUGAGAGUGAUGGAGAAGAGUGUGUGAAAGGAUGUGAAGUGCAAUAUGAUUUCUAUUAGGAGAGAGUGAACUUUGAACAGUGUUAACGUGUGAGGGUUUUUGUUUUUUGGAUUUGUAGCACAAAGUUGAAAAGUGUUAAAGCGCUGUCUCAGCAGUUAUGCAUGUAAAACCAGGAAAUUUCAGUAAAAAUGUUUUGGAAAAUGCUUUAAAAAGGUGUUUUAAAGCAAGGUUAAACAUAGGUUCUUUUUCUUAAAGGUUUAAAAAAAAACCCUAAUUGUAUUCUUUUACAAAGCCGAAAAAAUAGGUGCCAUCUCAAAGAUGUCUGCACUGGUGUGGAAGAUAAAAAAUAAACAACUGUUUAUGAUCAACCAUAAUCCACAAAAAAAGAAAUAAUAAAUA